GUUUCGUGUCCCUCAUUGAGACGGCGAACCUGACCAAUUGUGAUCAGCAGGUACUAAUCGUUUCGGACCGAGGAAAAACAUUAUUGCUGUGGAUAUUUUGUUAAAUUUCGUAUGAAAAAGGUCCACUGCAGUUCGUAACGACCAUCCAACAAGCUCGAUAAAGAUGUGGGCAGACACGUUGCUGAUUGUUUUCAUAUCCAUUUUCACCGCUCUGCUAGGAGAAGGUCUAACCUGGGUGAUGGUUUAUCGUACGGAGAAAUACCAAAAGCUCAAAGGGGAGGUCGAGAAGCAGAGCAAAAAGCUGGAAAAGCGUAAAGAAACCCUUGGCGAAUCGCUAGAUAAAAAUCAUAAGAAGAAAAUAGAACGCGAUGAAGAGAAGCUAAAGAACAACAACCGCGAUCUCUCGCUAGUGAAGAUGAAAUCAAUGUUUGCUAUUGGUUUUGCUUUCACCGCACUACUCAGCAUGUUCAACAGCAUUUUCGAUGGACGAAUCGUAGCUCGCUUACCCUUCGUGCCAAUCUCGUGGAUCCAGGGACUGAGCCAUAGAAAUCUGCCCGGUGAGGAUUACACAGAAUGUUCCUUCAUCUUUCUCUACAUCCUCUGCACGAUGUCUAUCCGGCAGAACAUCCAAAAGAUGCUUGGCUUUGCGCCGUCGCGUGCUGCAAGCAAGCAGGCGGGCGGUUUGUUCGGUCCAACGCCGGGACAGUUCAAGUAAUGGUGCCGUACUCUCUGAACCCCUGCCACGGGUUAGCCAUGAAUAUUCUGAAUGGCAAAUUAAUUUAACAUCAAAACCAGACAUGUUGCGCGUUUAUUUAAAAGACCAGCGAUUACGCAUACGUCGUCGCUUCGUUAUUUCUGUUUUCAUCGCAUUUUUUUGUGAGUUAAUGUAGCGUAGGAUUCGUGUUUGUCGAUGGAUUAGAUUGCGCGAGGUUGAAUAAAUCCUUGCGUCGAAAAGAAGAAAA